AUGGAUAUCCUGCCCACCCUGCUGCGCCCGUCAAUCAGGAGGAUAAGGGCUUUGACAGCGCCUCAACUCUUCCUCAGGCGUCUCAGUUUCGCGGCUUCCAAGGAAAAUAACACAGAAGACUUCUUCCGCUAUACCACAGGGCGAUGGCUCUGGGGAGAAGAGGAGCAGUUGCUUGAACGAUACCAAAAAUUUGACAUUCUGGAACUUCAAGCCACCGUGGCACGCACGCUGGGCUCACGACGAUGCGUUUCUAUGUCUAAGAUUGGGGAAGGAAACUUCAAUAAAGUGUUCCGGCUUCUGAUGGAUGACGGAGCUGUAGCAAUCGCUCGAAUUCCUCAUCCAAACGCUGGCCCCCCACGAUAUAUGACCAUGUCAGAGGUUGCGACUAUGGAAUUCGUUAGGUCUACGCUUCAUGUACCGGUUCCUAAGGUCUUAGCAUGGUCUGCAUCUCCCGAUAGCCCCGUUGGCUCGGAAUAUAUCAUUAUGGAGGAGGCUAAGGGGACGCAACUCUCCGAGCUUUGGAACGACCUAGACCUACCCAGCAGAAGAGUUAUAAUCAAUGACAUUAUUUCCAUAGAGCAGAAACUUCUCUCCGUGACCUUUAACCUGUACGGCUCAUUAUAUUUUGCCAAAGAUACAUUUCCUGGCUGUCAGACGGCAGAAAUCAGUGGUGAUAUAGCACAAGAAAUCAAAGAUGAUGUUAACAUCCGCUUCAUCAUCGGACCUUCCGCACAGAGAGAGUUUUGGCAAAAGGAGCGAGCCGAGAUGUCUCUGGAUCGUGGGCCUUGGAAAUCCGCCCGUGAAUAUAUCGAAGCUAUUGCGCAUCGCGAAAUGGCGUGGAUCUCCCGAUAUGCGAAACCAAAUUCAAAAAUCUCCGGCUAUCCUAGAGGCAAAGGCAGCCAGAAAUCACCUCAGGCGCAUAUCAAACUGCUAGAAAAGUACCUAGCUGUAGCUGCUAGGUUUCUUCCCGAUGACGCCGAGCUUGUUCGUCCGGAGCUCUGGCAUCCAGACAUCCAUGAUGCCAAUAUCUUCGUCCAAGAUGGAAGAAUUACCAGUAUAAUCGAUUGGCAAUCAGUCUGGGCCGGCCCUCUGCUUCUCCAAGCCCGCACACCUAGGCUAAUUGAUUACAACGGAGAGAUCCAGUUGAGAAUUCCCGAUAACUACAAAACACUGUCCAAGGAGGAGAAAGAAGAGGUCUCCGAGCUGGUUAAACAAUCCAUUCAAGUCUAUCUCUACGAAGAUCAGACGGCAAAUGUCAACCCGCUACUUAACCGAGCAGUACGACAGCCCUACGGGAAAACGCUGGGUGAACUCGUAUGUUUUGCCGGGGACUCAUGGGACGACCACAUUGUCCCUAUCAGGGAUACGUUGAUUAAUAUCGAAAGGGACUGGUCUAAGAUGUCAAAGACAGGCGACUGUCCGUACCACUUUUCGCCGGACGAGCUUACACAGCACCGCGAGGAGGCAGAGGCCUUUAACAAUGCACAGGAUUUCUGGGAGAUGCUGAAGGACAAAGUGAACGCAGAUGGCUGGACAGCCAAUGACGAUUUCGACGCUGCGGUCGAAUACUUUUCUCAGCUCCGUGAAGCAGGGCUUGCUAGCUUGGAAGGAGAUGAAAGAGACGAGUUCGAGAUGCAAACGAAAUGGGUGUUGGACCGUAAGACAGAGCGGUAG